AGCCAAAAGAGAUUGAAUACUCGCGAGAUAAAGUAAAACCUGCCUUUCGUUCCUCCUAAAAAAGCUCCAACCUUUUUACAAUCAAUCACUGAACUUCGCUCCGAGAAUCAAUGGCGGCGGCGGCUGCAGCGACGACGAUCGGUUUCCCGCAGGCGUAUCUGGAGGGUAAAGAGGUGAAGGAGACGAGUUCGCUGGUGACUGAGCUCUGCCGUCAUUUCUACACACAAGGUUGGGUUUCUGGAACAGGCGGUAGCAUCACCAUGAAGGUUCACGAUGCUUCUAUCCCUAAACCCGAUCAACUCAUCAUCAUGUCCCCUUCAGGUGUUCAAAAGGAGAGGAUGCAACCUGAGGAUAUGUACAUUUUAUCUCCUAAUGGAUCAAUCAUAUCUACACCUUCUCCGAAGCCUUACCCUAAUAAGCCUCCCAAGUGUACUGAUUGUGCUCCUCUUUUCAUGAAGAACAGGCGGCUUUCUUUGGGGAAACGCUUGCGAAAACUCGGUUACAAGGCAUAUGAGAUGCGAAAUGCUGGAGCUGUUAUUCAUAGCCAUGGCAUGGAAUCUUGUCUUGUGACAAUGCUUAACCCACAAGCCAAAGAAUUUCGUAUAACUCACAUGGAGAUGAUAAAAGGGAUUCAAGGUCACGGAUACUAUGACGAACUUGUUGUCCCGAUCAUAGAGAACACAGCUUAUGAGAACGAACUAACAGAUUCACUCACCAAAGCUAUAGAAGCCUAUCCAAAAGCAACCGCAGUGUUGGUACGCAAUCAUGGAGUCUACAUUUGGGGUGAUUCUUGGAUCCAUGCUAAGACACAGGCUGAAUGUUACCACUAUCUGUUCGAUGCUGCCAUCAAGCUUCAUCAACUGGGUCUGGAUGCUGCUACACCAGACCAUGGGCCUAUUCGAAGUCCCACAAAAUUCUCUGUAAAAUCAGGAGUCAAGGAUUCACAAAACCAAACAGAACCACCUCGGAGAUGCAUUGUCCUGGACAUUGAAGGAACAACUACGCCCAUAACAUUCGUCACAGAUGUUCUCUUUCCCUAUGCUCGUGAAAACGUUGGAAAGCAUUUGAAUUUGACGUACGACACAGCAGAAACACAAGAGGAUAUCAAGUUGUUGCGGUCUCAGGUUGAAGAAGACUUGAGAGAGGGUUUAGCCGGUGCUGUUCCUAUACCUCAUGCUGAUGAAGGAAAAGAGAAGGUCAUUGCAGCUGUGGUCUCUAAUGUAGAGGCAAUGGUCAAAGCCGAUAGAAAGAUCACUGCUUUAAAGGAAUUGCAAGGUCACAUAUGGAGAACAGGUUUUGAAUGUAAUGAACUGAAGUCUGUUGUUUUCGACGAUGUAGCAGAGGCUCUAGAGAAAUGGCAUUCUUCAGGAAUAAAGGUUUACAUAUAUUCUAGUGGUAGUCGAUUAGCGCAAAGGCUUCUCUUUGGGAACACAAACUAUGGAGACCUGAGGAAGUAUUUAUCAGGCUUUUUCGACACUACAAUCGGAAACAAGAAAGAAAGCAAGAGUUACAAGGAGAUUACAGAAACAUUGGGAGUGGAUGAUCCUUCAGAGAUUCUUUUUGUCACAGAUGUUUAUCAAGAAGCUACUGCUGCAAAAGCUGCAGGUCUGGAGGCAGUUAUAUCGAUUCGACCUGGUAACGCUUCUCUUCCAGAGAGUCACGGGUUCAAGACUGUCACAUCGUUCUCCCAAAUUUAGAGAUUCCUCUAUAUAUGGUUCCUAUGGUGUUGUAUUUCACAUGAGCACAGUUACCAAAUAAAAUAGACUUGGUAAUAAAUAUAAAUGUGGAGCUCAGCUUGACAAAGCUCAAAUCCGAUUAGUUUGUGAAAUGAAUAAAGUUUGGUCUAUGCAUGUUACAAUACUUGACAGGAUUGAUUUGAGUGACAAUGCUUAUAGAUCGGACCUCAUGUUGAGAUC